UUUUUUUUUUCUUUUCUUUUCUUCUUCUUCUUCCAGCAUUUGAUGGGCGAUGGUGUCUGCCGCUGAUAGUCGCCAGAUAGUCCAGCAGUUGUGGCUUACCUGACCACUCCGCCACUAACAACGCUGCCGUGGGCUGCGCACACAAACUUCACUGCUCAACACUGCUGAUCGUGCAGAUCGUAACCAAAACCCCAACAAUACGGCCGCGGAGGUCGGUCUUUUCGCCCAGUCUGGCAACCGCCAUGUUCAGGGGUUCAGUAAUGGCCCCUGGGAUGUCUAGGAAAUCAUUGACGACUUUUUUACGUCUUGAUGCAUCAUCCAUAACCCCAAGCUCUCCUAUUAUUGUGUCAAUCUAUGGGUCUGCUUAUCUUCCAGAUUUGAAACAGAGGUGCUUCAUUGACUAGCAUAAGCCUCAAGGCAUGUGGCGAAGGAGCAAUGAGUCCUGUGGCUGCCCUGCAUAGGCAUGUAUGCCUAUAUUGUGUACUUGGGCGACCUUAAGAGGGACCGCAUUGGCAACGUACGGUAGUAUAGGCAUUGCAUGCGAGGGGCGCGCAAGCUCUUGCAAUUGCAUCAACGAAUUAGCAUGUUGUGGGUUAUCUCGACCGCCGGCCGGUCAACGUACCUGUAGAGGUAGUACAUACGACAGUGACAUGCCGAUUCCUCCGGUCAUGCCAGUCAGAAGACGGCGUAUUCGUUCGAAAUGCUUGUUUUAGAUUUCUAAUUAAAAUUCCAAUCAUUCGGCUGGCCAACCCCAGAACCACUUCGGCUUG